AUGACGUUGUCCCUUAACACGCUCAUCCCCAACGCUUUCUCCAUCUCCUCGGGGAUAGCCUCCGAUGCCAUCUCCACCACUAAAGAGCUGAAAGACGGCCAGACCACAAAGUUCGUCGACGGCCAGGCAAAAACAGCCGGUGGACCCCAAAAACCCUACUUCGAUGACGUAGGUCCCAGAAAUAUAACUGCGGUCGUUGGCCAGUCCGCCAUCCUUAAUUGCCGUGUGAAACAUCCAGGUGACAGGACGGUCUCUUGGAUGAGGAAACGGGAUCUCCAUAUAUUAACGUCCGGAAUCCACACGUACACAGGAGACGGGCGGUUUGGCGUGCAUCACCCGGAGCACAGCGACGACUGGAAUUUGCACGUGGAAUUCGUGCAAAGGAGGGACGCCGGGGUCUACGAAUGUCAGGUCAACACCGAACCCAAAAUUAAUUAUGCCGUCUGGUUACACGUAGAAGAUGCUCAGGCAACCAUCUCUGGCCCACCGGAGAUCUACGUAAAGAAAGGCAGCACCAUCUCCCUCACCUGUUCCAUAAACAUACACUCAAACCCACCGUCUUCGGUGCUCUGGUACCACGGACAGUCGGUGAUCGAUUUCGACUCUCCCAGGGGUGGCAUAAGUCUGGAAACUGAGAAAACCGAGGCCGGGACAACGAGCAAACUUCUCGUCACCAAGGCCCUAUUGUCAGAUUCGGGGAACUAUACGUGCAUGCCGUCCAACGCCACCCCUGCUUCCACGGUCGUUCAUGUCUUGAAUGGGGAGCAUCCAGCAGCCAUGCAGACCAGCAGCACCAGUCCAAUACAAGGCGUUUCUUCGCUGAUCGCUUUCCUUCUAGCAGCAUCAGCGUCCAUCAGAUGAUCAGAAAGCUUUCUUUAUUGAAGAGACUUCGCUCAAGGUGCACUUGAUAGUGUUAUAAAGAAUAAGAGUGUAAAUAUUUGUCCCUAAGUUGUGAACUUUACGGUGUCUUACACCGAUCAUAACAACACUUUGUGUCCAGAAUCUACGAGGAGGUGAAAAUGAAGAAAAUCGUGAUCUGAAUUCUUCUUAAAUGUGAAUCGGGAAUUUUUUCCUA